UUCUGGUUCCGGUCCUCGGAAUAGGGACGGUGUCGCUAUGGAGGAACCGGAGAUGCAGCUCAAGGGGAAGAAAGUCACCGACAAAUUUACCGAGAGCGUCUAUGUCCUAGCCAAUGAGCCGUCCGUGGCCCUGUAUCGCCUGCAGGAGCACGUGCGCCGCUCUCUGCCUGAGCUGGCCCAGCACAAGGCUGACAUGCAGCGGUGGGAGGAGCAGAGCCAGGGAGCCAUCUACACAGUGGAGUAUGCCUGCAGCGCCGUGAAGAACCUUGUUGACAGCAGCGUCUACUUCCGCAGUGUGGAGGGUCUCCUGAAACAGGCCAUCAGCAUCCGGGACCACAUGAACGCCGCCACCCAGGGCCACAGCCCCGAGGAACCGCCCCCACCCUCCUCGACCUGAUCCCAGAAGAGACUUGGAGGUGCUUCGGCCCCUCUAACCCAG